AUGUAAACAUACAAAAAAGCCCCUCUUAUACCUUAUUCAGCCAUCUACCUAGACAUCAACUGGAACUACAUGUUCUAAGCCUUGACAUAAUUGGUUACUCCCGCUGAUAGACCUUUGUUAGAAAUGCUUUUGUAGAACCUAUUCUUAAAAAGUAAUCCUCCCAAAGGUAUGGAAGAAAAAAUGUUACUUUGUGCUUCCGUACGUACAGCUUUUGAUUUAGUCCUAUAAGUUCUCAAUCUCCCCUUGGGAUCUGAAGUAUUAAUGACAGCAAUUAACAUUCCUGAUAUGGUUAAGGUCAUUCGUAACCAUGGAUUAGUUCCCGUUCCAGUAGAUAUAGCAGAUGAUACUUUAGGACCAUCAUUAGAAGAUUUCAAAAAAGCUUUCACAGAGAGAACUAAAGUUGUAAUGGUUAGUUUCUUAUAUGGAGCCAAGUUUGAUGCAGAUGAAUUAUAUGAUUACGCUCAUUCUCGUGGAUGCUUCAUAUUUGAAGACUAAGCAGAAUCAUUUGCAGAUAUUAACGAUAACGGAAGCGACAAAGCUGACUGCAGUCUAUUUUCAUUUGGUUCUAUUAAGCCCUUUACUGCUUACGGAGGUGGCAUAGCUGUACUACGUAAUCAAGAAGUUAUGUAUCGUAAAUGUAAAGAUAUACUAGCAACCUAUCCUUUCAUGCCAAACUCAUUCUUUUUAAAAAAAAUCUUAAAAAAUAUUCCUGUUUAUUUAGGUUUAAAUAUUCCAUUCUUUAAUUCUAUUUUCCGUCCAGUCCUUAGCGGUCUAGGAAUAGAUUACAAGAGUAAAUUCGUUUCAAUGGUUCGUGGAUUCUAACCAAAAGAGAAUUUCCUUGAUACAUUCCGUCUUUAAAUGCCUACUGCAAUGAUGGCUCUUCUCUACUUCCGUCUUCGUGAUUAUGAUGCUGUUACUUACUAAAUGCAAAUCCGUAAGCUUAGAAAUGCAUAAACUGAUUUCACUUCAAAUGGAGUUUCUGUCCCUGGUCGUGCUUGCAAAAAUCGUACUUUUUGGCUCUAUCCUAUUAUCACUGAAAAUCCUAAGUUAGUUUUUGAAAUUUUGAAUGCAAGAGGAGUAGAUGCCUACUUAGGUGCAACACAACUUGACUUAGUAGAAAGUCCUAUUGGUAGUUAAUACAAGUAUCCUUCUAAAACUAAAGAUUUCUUCUAAAAGAUUAUUUAUCUUCCUCUUCACAGAAAUGUGCCUCCUGUUGAAGUAAAUAAGAUUGUUCAAGAAACUAUUUAGGUAUGUAAACUUGUAAAUGACAUUGAAAAAGACAAAAAGAACAAAGCUCGUCCAUCCCUUUGA